CGCUGUUUUACUUCAUCAAAAGUGAAAGCGUUUCUGACGCCUCAACAUCAAGUGCCUCUGGACAGACGCGGAGAUCUGUUAACAGCGAGCAACAAGGACUGCUGACUAAAGGUUUUUCUAUUUUAAUUCAGCAGAAGAGAUCAGGCCUGCUCAAACACAGCUCUGUCCAUGACCAAUAACGUUUCUGUACUAAUGGUGAAAGAUGGAUCACUCGACUCCUGAUGAACCUGAUGGAUCUCCACAAUUAAAAAAGAGUGAAACCCGGAUAAAGAGAUCAGACUCACCAGGACCCAGCUGUGUGUCCAUGAAGAGUGAUGAGUCUAUGAUUUUACCAACAGUGUUUAAAGAGCAGAGAGAAUCCUCACCUGGAUACAGUGAAACCCAGAUAAAGAGAUCAGACUCACCAGGACCCAGCUGUGUGUCCAUGAAGAGUGAUGAGUCUAUGAUUUUACCAACAGUGUUUAAAGAGCAGAGAGAAUCCUCAUUCAGACACAGUGUCCUGCAGCAAGCAGGAGACAAAACAGGACAGAAAGUCAUAGUCACAGAUACAAGGUGUAAAUCUGUAACCCCUGAACCUCAUCUUCAAGAGAAAUGCAAAUUAAUUCUGAUAAAGAAGUUUCAGCAUGUGAAUGAGGUGAUAACAAACCAGGGAAACCCAACACUUUUCAGUGAGAUCUACACAGAGCUCUACAUCACAGAAGGAGACAGUGGAAAAGUCAAUAAUGAACAUGAGGUGAGACAGAUCGAGGCAGCAUCCAGGAGAGCAACAACAGAGGAAACACCAAUCAAAUGCAGUGACAUCUUUAAGCCCUUAUCUGAAGAAGACAAACCCAUCAGGACCGUUCUGACAAAGGGAAUCGCUGGCAUUGGAAAAACCAUCUCUGUGCAGAAAUUCAUUCUAGACUGGGCUGAAGGGAAAACAAAUCAGGAUGUUCAUCUCAUAUUUCCACUUCCUUUCAGAGAGCUCAAUUUGAUGAAGAAUAAAAAAUGGAGUCUGAUGGAGCUCCUUCAUUUCUUUUUAAAGGAGAUAAAAGAAACAAAUAUUUCCAGCUUGGAGAAGGUUCUCUUCAUUUUUGAUGGAUUGGAUGAGUGUCGUUUCCCUCUGGAUUUCCAGAACACAGUGAGAGUGUGUGAUGUAACUGAAUCAGCAUCAGUGAAUGUGCUGCUGAUAAACCUGAUCAAAGGGUAUCUGCUCCCCUCUGCCCUCAUCUGGAUCACCUCCCGACCAGCAGCAGCUGAUCAAAUCCCCUCUGAGUGUGUCGAUCGAGUCACAGAGGUACGAGGGUUCAAUGACCCACAGAAGGAGGAAUAUUUCAGGAAGAGGAUCAGUGAUCAGAGCCUGAGCAACAGAAUCAUCACACACCUGAAGUCAUUAAGAAGCCUCUACAUCAUGUGCCACAUCCCAGUCUUCUGCUGGAUUUCAGCCACUGUUCUAGAGAGAAUGUUGGGUGAAGCAGAGAGUGGAGAGAUCCCCAAGACUCUGACUCAAAUGUACACACACUUCCUCAUCAUUCAGACAAACAUCAUAAAGAAAAAGUACACAAAGAGCCAAGAGGCAGAUAAAGAAAUGGUUCUGAAACUGGGUAAACUGGCUUUUCAGCAGCUGAAGAAAGGCAAUCUGAUCUUCUAUGAGGAAGACCUGAUGGAGUGUGGCAUUGAUGUGACAGAAGCAUCGGUGUAUUCAGGUGUGUGUACACAGAUCUUCAGAGAGGAGUUUGGACUUCACCAGAGUAAAGUGUACUGCUUUGUUCAUCUGAGCAUUCAGGAGCACCUUGCAGCUCUGUAUGUGCACCUGGUUUUUACAAACAAACAGAGAAAUGUUCUUAAAAAUCCAAUAUUGCAGAUAUUCAGUCAGAAAAUUCCAAUCUCAGAUGUGCACAAGAGUGCUGUAGAUCAGGCUUUACAGAGUAAAAAUGGACAUCUGGAUCUUUUCCUUCGCUUUCUUCUGGGUCUCUCACUGGAGUCCAAUCAGAUCCUCUUACAAUCCAUAGUGCCACAGACAGGAAGUAGCUCCCACAGCACACAGGAUACAGUUCAUUACAUCAAGAAGAAGAUCAGAGAGAAUCCCUCAACAGAGAAAUUCAUCAAUCUAUUCCACUGUCUGAAUGAACUGGAAGAUCAUUCUCUGGUUGAGGAAAUCCAACACUACCUGCAAUCUGGAAAUUUACAUCAAAGCAAACUUUCUUCUUCUCAGUGGUCAGCUGUGGUGUUUGUGUUACUGACAUCAGCACAGGAACAGGAUGAGUUUGUCCUUAAUAAAUACACCAACAAACAUUGUUCAUCAGAGGAGGUUCUUCUGAAGCUCCUGCCUGUGGUUGCAGCAUCCAGAAAAGCUGAAUUUGAUAAAUGUGACUUGAAAGAGGAAGGUUGUGCAGCUCUGGCCUCAGUGCUCAGCUCUGAAUCUUCAAGUCUGAGAGAACUGAAUCUGUCUGAGAAUAAACUCAGAGACUCAGGAGUGAAGUGUCUCUCUGCUGGAGUGGAGAAUCCUCACUGUAAAUUGGAGACACUGAGGUUGUGUGAUUGUGGAGUCUCAGAUGAAGGCUGUGCUGCUCUGACUUCAGCUCUGAGAUCAAACCCCUCACAUCUGAGAGAACUGGAUCUAUCUAAGAAUAAAGUCAGAGACUCAGGAGUGAAGUGUCUCUCUGCUGUACUGGAGAAUCCUCACUGUAAACUGGAGAAACUGAGGUUGUGUGAUUGUGGUGUCUCAGAUGAAGGCUGUGCUGCUCUGACGUCCGCUCUGAGAUCAAACCCCUCACACCUGAGAGAACUGGAUCUGUCUAAGAAUGGACUCGGAGAUUCAGGAGUGAAGUGUCUCUCUGCUGUACUGGAGAAUCCUCACUGUAAACUGGAAACACUGAAGUUGUGUGAUUGUGAUAUCUCAGAUGAAGGCUGUGCUGCUCUGACUUCCGCUCUGAGAUCAAACCUGAGAGAACUGGAUCUGUCUAAGAAUAACCUCAGAGACUCAGGAGUGAAGUGUCUCUCUGCUGUACUGGAGAAUCCUCACUGUAAACUGGAGACACUGAGGUUGUGUGAUUGUGGUGUCUCAGAUGAAGGCUGUGCUGCUCUGAGUUCAGCUCUGAGCUCAAACCCUUCACACCUGAGAGAACUGGAUCUGUCUGAGAAUAAACUCAGAGACUCAGGAGUGAAGUGUCUCUCUGCUGUACUGGAGAAUCCUCACUGUAAACUGGAGACACUGAGGUUGGAGUGUUGUGGUGUUUCAGAUGAAGGCUGUGCUGCUCUGACUUCAGCUCUUAAAUCAAACCUUUCACAGCUGAGAGAACUGGAUCUGUCUAGGAAUUAUCUCAGAGACUCCGGAAUGAAACAUCUCUCUACUGGACUUGAGGAUCCUCACUGUAAACUGGAGACACUGAGGUUGUGUAGUUGUGAUGUCACCGAUGAAGGCUGUGCUGCUCUGACUUCCGCUCUGAGAUCAAACCCCUCACAUCUGAGAGAACUGGAUCUGUCUGAGAAUAAACUCAGAGACUCAGGAGUGAAGUGUCUCUGUGCUGUACUGGAGAAUCCUCACUGUAAACUGGAGACACUGAGGUUGUGUUACUGUGAUGUCUCCGAUGAAGGCUGUGCUGCUCUGACUUCAGCUCUGAGAUCAAACCCCUCACACCUGAGAGAACUGGAUCUGUCUAGAAAUAAACUCAGAGAUUCAGGAGUGAAGUGUCUCUCUGCUGUACUGGAGAAUCCUCACUGUAAACUGGAGACACUGAGGUUGCGUGAUUGUGGCGUCUCAGAUGAAGGCUGUGCUGCUCUGACUUCAGCUCUGAGCUCAAACCCCUCACACCUGAGAGAAUUGGAUCUGUCUUGGAAUGAACUCAGAGACUCAGGAGUGAAGUGUCUCUCUGCUGUACUGGAGAAUCCUCACUGUAAACUGGAGACACUGAGGUUGCGUGAUUGUGGUGUCACAGAUGAAGGCUGUGCUGCUCUGACUUCCGCUCUGAGAUCAAACCCCUCACACCUGAGAGAACUGAAUCUGUCUUGGAAUAAACUCAGAGACUCAGGAGUGAAGUGUCUCUCUGCUGUACUGGAGAAUCCUCACUGUAAACUGGAGACACUGAGGUUGUGUGAUUGUGGUGUCUCAGAUGAAGGCUGUGCUGCUCUGACGUCAGCUCUGAUAUCAAACCCCUCACACCUGAGAGAACUGGAUCUGUCUAAGAAUAAAGUCAGAGACUCAGGAGUGAAGUUUCUCUCUGCUGGACUGGAGAAUCCUCACUGUAAACUGGAGACACUGAGGUUGUGCGAUUGUGAUGUCUCAGAUGAAGGCUGUGCUGCUCUGACUUCAGCUCUGAGAUCAAACCAUUCACACCUGAGAGAACUGAAUCUGUGUAAGAAUAAAGUCAGAGACUUAGGAGCGAAGUGUCUCUCGGCUGUACUGGAGAAUCCUCACUGUAAACUGGAGACACUGAGGUUGUGUGAUUGUGGUGUCUCAGAUGAAGGCUGUGCUGCUCUGACUUCAGCUCUGAGAUCAAACCCCUCGCACCUGAGAGAACUUGAUCUGUCUGAGAAUAAACUCAAAGACUCAGGAGUGAAGUGUCUCUCUGCUAUACUGGAGAAUCCUCACUGUAAACUGGAGAUACUGAGGUUGUCUUAUUGUGGUGUGUCAGAUGAAGGCUGUGCUGCACUGACUUCAGCUCUGAGAUCAAACCCCUCACACUUGAGAGAAUUGGAUCUGUCUAUAAAUGAACUUAGAGACUCAGGAGUGAAGUGUCUCUCUGCUGUACUGGAGAAUCCUCACUGUAAACUGGAGACACUGAGGUUGUGUGAUUGUGAUAUCUCAGAUGAAGGCUGUGCUGCUCUGACUUCAGCUCUGAGAUCAAACCCCUCACACCUGAGGGAAUUGGAUCUGUCUUGGAAUAAACUUACAGACUCAGGAAUGAAGUGUCUCUCUGCUGUACUGGAGAAUCCUCACUGUAAACUGGAGACACUGAGGUUGCGUGAUUUUGGUGUCUCAGAUGAAGGCUGUGCUGCUCUGACGUCAGCUCUGAUAUCAAACCCCUCAAACCUGAGAGAACUGAAUCUGUCUGAGAUUAAACUCACAGACACAGGAGUGAAGUGUCUCUCUGCUGUACUGGAGAAUCCUCACUGUAAACUGGAGACACUGAGGUUGUGUGAUUGUAGUGUCUCAAACGAAGGCUGUGCUGCUCUGACUUCAGCUCUGAGAUCAAACCCCUCACACCUGAGAAAAUUGGAUCUGUCUAGAAAUAAACUGACAGACUCAGGAGUGAAGUGUCUCUCUGCUGUACUGGAGAAUCCUCACUGUAAACUGGAGACACUGAGGUUGCGUGUUUGCGGUGUCUCAGAUGAAGGCUGUGCUGCUCUGACUUCAGCUCUGAGAUCAAACCCCUCACACCUGAGAGAACUGGAUCUGUCUAAGAAUAAACUCACAGACUCAGGAAAGAAGCUGCUCUUCAGUCUUAAAGAUGAAACACUUCACAAACUCCAGGACUUUAGGGUGUAAAGAGAUUUCAUCUGAUGCAGACUCCAAUGAAGACAUGUAUUAAAUGUGCUCCAUUCCCAGAGGCAUUUCCUGGACAUGUAUUUUUCACAUGGGGGAAUGAAGAACAUUUUGGUCAUUUUGCAGAGACGUGUUCCUGUGCUUACUUGGUGUGAUUCUUCAUGUGUGUUUAAGGGAGUGGUGUCAGGACUAAACAGUUACUGAAGAUGAAUGAAAUGUUAUUAUUAUUAACAAACAUUUCCACAGUGACACUCUACAGGAUCCAGACAUCAUAGCAGGACUCAAGUUCUGGUUAAGGUUCCAGUUGAGUUCUCCAAUUGCACAUGCCUUGGAUUUUAUUCAAAAUGUUCUUACCACUCUCAUUUAUGAAUCUCCAUUUAAGUCUUCAAUUUUGUGUGGUAAGUUGUACCUAAUGUUAGUUGUGUAUGCAUAGUGAAUACAUGGAACAGUAAGUGUAAAGUGUAAAACAGUCAAUUUUAAAUUACGUACAAAAUUACAGUAAAUUCUACAUAUAAAGCAAUAUAUAGCACUGUGUUCUAUAUAGCUUCUUUUUUGUAAAUCUAAAUUUUUUUCCAAAUUGAUUAUCAUAAUGUACAUUUGUCUGUAAGGCUUAAAAAAAAUGUAUACAGAAUUCCAACUAAAAUUAUCAAGGCACUCUGAAAAAUCUCCAGCUUAAACAGCUAACACAGGAAUCAUUACCUGUGUUUUUUGUCAUUCAUUUCUGUAAUUCAUCCUCCAUCUCUAAUUACUGCCUCUUUCUCAAGUAUUAUGUAAAUACAUAUGCAUAUCUCUUUAUUUAUACAGUUGUAUAUAGAGUAAAUAAUGCACAAAUCUGUACAUAAAUCUUCUGUUCCAGAUUCAUACACAUUAUCUUUAUUUUAUUUUUUUCUUGUUAAGUCUUACUAUUUAAAUGUUUUCUGUUCUCAUGUAAGAUAUGUAUGUAUGUAUGCAUGUAUGUACAAAGAGCACCUUUAAAAACCACAACAAAUUCCUUGUGUGUCUGCGCACACACUUGGCGAAUAAAGCUAAUUCUGAUUCUGAUUCUGAAAAAGUAAAU